AUGAAUUUGGAUGAAGACCAUGCAGAGGCUGCUGAUGACCUGAAUGCACAAGGUGAUGAGGGAAUGAAUUCGGACCAUGAUGAAGACCAUGCACAGGCUGCUGAUGACCUGAAUGCACAAGGUGAUGAUGGGAUCAAUUCGGACCAUGAUGAAGACAGUGUAGAGGAUGAUGGUAAUGGGUCUGAAGAUGAUAAUGCAGAUGAUGACCAUGCUUCCUCACACUCAGAUUCAUAUGAGAGUGUAGAGGAUGAGGUUUACGAGCCUCCCCCACCUGGUGUUGAGGAUGAUUCAGAAGAUAAUGAUGAUGAUAUAAAUAUGGCAAUGGUAGAGAAAAAAAGGCCUACAAAACAGACCCCAAGGAGGAAGGCAGUCAAGAAGGAUGCCCCAAUUCAAGACUCUGAAUCUAAAGAAGUUGAUGAAGAGAAAGCCAUGAUGUCAUUUGAGGAAGAAGGAUAUACCUAUCUGCCCGAGGAGUUGAGGACUCCUCCUUCAAGUGAUGAUGAUGAGAAUGUUAGACCUGUUUUGCCAAAGUUCAAUGAACAAGCUUCUUUUGGGCAUGUCUAUUAA